ACCAAGAUGGCAGACAGUGAAUCCAUUAAAAAAAUGUUGAGGUCUGUACUCCAGUCAAGUAAGAACGGAGUGUCUAUCAACAACCUCCAGUCAGAGUACCGGUCUCUGUGUGGAGAGGCAAUCCCACUGAAGAAGCUGGGCUUCUCAAAGCUGGAGGACUAUCUCAGAAGCAUUCCUUCUGUGGUGCGCCUGGAGUACCGCAUGGGUGAGUUGAAGUGCUUUGCCACAGUGUGUCAAGAGACAGCCCACAUUGCCGAGCUGGUGGCUCGUCAGAAAAACUCCAAGAAAAGUGGUCCCUCCAAAGUUGUCAACUGCAGGAUGAGAUUUAAAGCUUCCAACCCCUACAUGCUCAAUGUGACUCCAAGGUCAUCUCUUCGCCAGCCAUCACCUGGUAUUCCUUCAAACUGGCCAUCAAACCGUUCUCAGACCCAUGGUGGUUACAGAGGCUUCAGUGCCUCUGGUGACUACAGGCAAUUGGACAAAAAGUUAAGCUCCAUCACCCCUCUAGAACACAGACAACGAACUUCUCAAGGAACUGUAAAACAGAAUGUCAUACCCAACAGGGAAGAGAAGAGUUUGGCAAACAACAAGAAUUCAAAAGAUGUGCCUCCUGAACAAGUUCUCAAACCCAGCCAACCACAGAAUAGCCUAUAUGAUGUUUCGCUAGUGCAGAGAAGAAUCACUCAGCUCCUGGAGAAGUCCUACAGUGGAAUGUGGAUGUCAAAAAUGCCAGAGUUGUACAGUCAAAUGUUCAAACAGAAGCUUCAUCCUCAGGUGCUCAUAGAUGUAGAGAAGUGGACACACAUCUGUCAGGUGGAGAAACCUCCUUCUUCCAACCGAGCCGACCGCCUAAUCUACCCUCCUUUGCUGAAGCCCCCUACAGUCUCUGUAAAGAGCACCAGCUCCCCAGCAGCAUCCCCAAUCAAUUCAAGCACUGUCAUCGUACCCAUUUCUUCGUGUUCCUCAAAACCUGAACAGAUUGCUACACCUCCCAAUCUUCCUCCUGUUCCCAAACCCAGAUUAUUCCUGAAAGAACCCCUUGCUAAGCCAAAUGUUUUUCCUCCACAGCCUGCUGCUGCCACUUCAGGCAAGGCGUUGUACCCGGUCACAUUACGAAGCCCUGCCCACAACCCAGCUCUUGCUCCCCGACUGUCCCCUCGUACCAGUCCCCCAUUCAGUGACGACGGUGGUCGUGGAGAUUAUCACGAUUUGCUUACAGAUACCCUCAAACACAACAGAAGCCCUCACUCCUUAGCCCCUACUUGGACUAACAUUGCAUCGAGCAUUCCGUCUGCAGCAGAUUCUAAAUCUGGCCAUGACAUUUUACCUCUAUUGAAGGUUGCAUUCAGCCCGUCAUUGAAUUCUCCCACUUCUCCUCAGUUAAAAACUUCUGCUGCCACUAUCUCAGCUGAGGUGCGGCAAAAAAUAGAGGAGCUUUUGUCCAAGUACAGCAGUGGUCUGUGGGCACAUGCUUUGCCGAAGCUUUUUAUGGACACAUACAAGAUGCCGUUCCCUGAGCAUGUUCUCGACAACUUGUUUCAGUUGCUUGAUAUAUGCACUGUGGAGCACCCCUCGCCACAUGACAAGAACAGGGCCAUCCUGUAUAACUCCAGCAGAGCAGUCAUGGAAUCCACAGACGACCAAGACAACCAGCAGUGCAGCGACCACCCCCUCCCUAGUGGUUUGGAAGUACUGAGUCCUGUGGUUCCCCCUUGUCUGGUUGUUCCCUCAGAGCAGUACCCCUCUGUGCUGGUUACUGAGGCCAAGAGCAGCAAUGCUGUCACUGUAAGGUAUGUAGGAGUGAACUACUCACACCUACAUGAGGCCAUGGAGGAUGCCAUGACCUCGUUCUACAGCCAAAGCUGCAUGCAGCAUCCUGUGUCAAACCCCACUGUGGGUCAGCUGGUAGCAGUCAGAGGAGAGGAUGGAGAUGAUCUGGCCAGAGCACAGGUUAUGGAGGUCAUUGACUCCAACAAGGUCAAGGUGUACUACAUGGACUAUGGCUUGUCUGUGGAAACUAGUAGGACUAAUCUACUGAAUCUUCACCAGGACUUCCUCUCUCUACCCUUCCAAGCUACUAAUGUUAGGCUUGCAGGCUUAGAGGCAUUCAGUUCCCAUCCGUCAGUGUUGUCCUCCCUGGAUACGGUGGCAGUUGGAAAGAUUCUGCUGAUGGAAACAUUGAAGUCAUGUGAACAGAAUGAAAUGCCUGUGGCAGUACUUUAUGAUACUUCAGAAGAGGAAGACAUUAACAUCAACUCCACCUGCCUGAAGGCUCUGCAGGACAAGACCAUGAACAACCCUCUGACUGUGAAUGUUACCUAUAAGGAUGCGAGUGUCACAAAUGUGUGUGCAGAUGGCAUCAUGUACUGCCAGCUGCCUUCCCGGGGAAAUGCACGCCUGAAAAAGUUACUGGAGCAAACAGAGGUCUACUUCAUCUCCCAGAUGACGUCUGAUUACCUGGUGGCCAGACCCUUCAGCGGCAAGUUCUGUCUAGCUCGCUAUAAAGAAAAGUGGGCCAGAGUGGAGAUCACCAGCAUGCAUGACAGCAGAGUGAUGGAGAUUGUCUUCAUGGACUUUGGUGUCCCAGCAACUGUAGAAGUCACUGAUCUCCGAGAGAUCCCCCCACUUUUUCUGAAAGACUUCAUGCUCAUUCCGCCACAGGCAAUUAAAUGUCGCCUGGCUGAACUCACCGUUCCAGAGGGAGACUGGAGCCAAGAGGCCGUUCUGUGGUUGAAGGAAGCUACCUUAGGCUCUGAAGACUGUAAAAUGAAGAUUGUGAAAUUAGAUGAGCACAAAGGGGAUAAGUUGGUCUACAUGUACCUGUUCAUCGGCGUUGACAGUCAGGAGCUACACAUGAGCAUCAACCAUCAGCUCGACCGCUCUCAGUUGUUGCGUAAAUUCAGCAGUGGGGGCACAGGUAAUGCUGCACAUCAAAAACCAAAUUCAUUCUGGGUCUGAGACAGUCUCUGUGCUCUAAUGGAGCAGUUGACUCUGAACAACCCUGUCCCAAACCCGACAGUCAAAGCCUCAGCCCAGCCAUGUGACACAAAAGAAGAGGAUGCAAACGCCAAAACUGGGAUGCGGCCACUUCCGAUGCCGCCUCCACUGGAGCUCCCUCAGAUUGGCCAGAAUAUGGAUGUGUUUGUGCCAGUGACCUGCCACCCAGGUUACUUUGUGCUACAGCCAUGGCAGGACCUACAUAAGCUCGUGGUUUUGAUGGGGGAGAUGAUGCUUCAUUACAACCAGACGGGAAAGACCGACACCGUCACACAGAUCCAGAAAAGGGAGGUGUAUGCUGCCAAAAUAGACAAGAAUUGGCACCGUGUGCAGGUGAAGGCGAUUCUGGCCAACGGGUUGGUUUCCGUCUAUGAGCUGGACCAUGGUAAACAUGAGCUGGUCCGUAGCACUCUCAUCCGGCCUCUGAUAGAGGAAUUCAGACAGCUGCCAUUUCAGGGAAUUGCUGCACAGUUGGCAGGUGUGGCACAGCAGCAGUGGUCAGAGGAGGCUUCCAUGUUAUUCAGAAACCAUGUGGAGAAACGAGCACUCGUAGCCCAGGUGGAGAGUGUUCAGGAAAUGUCGGAGGUUAAAGGUGAGCUGUGGGCUUGCAGGUUGACAGUUUACCUGGUGGACACCACGAUGGAGGACAGGGACCUUUGGAUACACAGCAUCAUGACUGACAUCAGUGGUGAGCUGGCUUCGGCAAAUUAACCAGCAGCCAUACUCUUUGACUGUUGUUGAAACCCUGUUUGUUUUGUUUUGUUGUUUUCAUUUUCUAUAAAACGGAAGCCAAAAGUCACUUCCUCUGCACUUGGUUCAAUUUCAGUGUUGUGGAUCUUUAAAAGCCUUAAAGUAUGGUGUCUUAUUAUUUAGGUUAGUGUGAAGGGUCCCCAUAACGCAAGAUGAAAAGUGUUGGUUUUUUUGAGUUUUUUUUUUUCCGGAAAAUAAGGGCUGAAAAACUUAACAUUUAAUAGACUGAGAAAAAAAAUAAAUAAAUCAAAUAUCACUGUGGAUGCUCUUUUCACUUUGAUUCUCAUUCAUGACUUUUCUACUUUUUUGAUGUUUGCUGUGUCUUAUGCAUGCACUGGUGUUGGCCAUUUUUCACUUACUUUUUGGUGUAUGUAAAUAUGUUUUAUAGUCAUACAACAUAAGUAACCUGCAUGAGUAAAAUGAAUAAGUUGCAGUAUUUCUAGUGUUGUUAGAGUUUAAGCUGGUCACAUUCAUUUGAAUUAAAGCAUUGAUCCCGAGGAAGGUGUGUGUUGGCUUCAAGUGGAUUAAUGUCAAGUUUACGUUUGAAACUUUGCAUUACUGGACUUGUGUUCUGUCAA